AGGAAUCUUCGCCUCGCUCUCUCUCUCUCUCUCUCUCUCUCUCUCUAUCUCUCCGUACCAUCGCGCGCGGUUUCGUCGACGGUGUUCGAACGAAAGGUUUAAAGCCACGUAAGUGAGGAUUUUCUCCGGCGCGGCGGCGGCGGCGGCGGCGGCGGCGGCGGCCUCCAUGGACUCCUCCGGGCUCCGACGUUCGUGGAGGUACCCCAAUUUGGGCGGCGGCGGCGGCGGCGGCGGCGACUCUCUCUCGACCGUAGAUUCCUGGGGAUUCGGCCGCUCGAGCGGCGAAUCCAAUUUGGGGAGCGCCUUCGACGCCGCCGAGUCCGCCAAUCGCGUGAUCCGGGUCGAGAUCGUGGCGGAGCCUCCCGCCGAGAGCCGCCCCGGCAAUGGCGGAGGGCUCCGCCGCCACCGGAAGCGCCGGAGCGACGAGGAAGAAUUUGAUUUGAACAAUUCCGAGCCUGAAUCAGAGGAAGAAUACGAGGCUUACGAAGAAAACUAUGACGACAAGGAGGCUGUAGCUCUGAUUGGAGUAUCACCACCAGGUGAUGAUUCAUCUUGGAGAACAGAAUGUUCUCAGGUUUUGAGAGUAAAGUCUAUAUAUAUCUGCUCCGCUAUAUUUGCUGCCGAAAGCCCCUUUUUCGACAAGCUUUUCUCGAAUGGCAUGAAAGAAUCUGAGCAGCAACAUGUCACCCUAAAAAUCAAUGCUUCUGAGGAAGCUGCUGUUAUGGAGCUCUUGAGAUUUAUGUGUAAUGGGAAUUUGUCUACAACCUCACCGUCUCUCUUGCUGGAUGUGUUGGUGGCUGCUGAUAAAUUCCAGGUUGUUUCUUGCAUGAGGCAUUGCAGCUGGUUACUUGCUAACUUGCCUAUGACUGCCGACCUAGCAUUUUUCUAUCUCAAUCUGCCUUGUAGUGUUUCCAUGCCUGACGCGGUCCUGCCAUUAACCAAUGCGGCAACGGACUUCCUCGCAACAGAAUUUAAGGAUCUGACCAAGCACCAAAAUGUGGUGAUGGACUUUCCUCUCUCUGUGAUUGAAGCUAUCCUCUCCCGCAACGAUCUCAAAGAGACCUCGGAGGAUGAGGUCUACAACUUUGCUCUAAAGUGGGCACGCGCUCGGUACCCUGAGCCGGAAGAAAGGCGUGAGAUUCUGAAUUCUCGACUGCUCCCUCUUAUACGCUUCUCUCGGAUGAGCUGCAGCAAGCUCAGGACGGUCCUUGAAUGCAGCGAGUUCGACAGUAAACUCGCUCGAAAAUUCGUGCUGGAAGCACUUCUUUUUAAAGCUGAGAAACCUCAUCAUCAGAAAGCACUUCUCCAAGGCGAGUCGACUUCCCAGAUGUUCGCCGAGCGGGAUUACCACUACCAUCCGGUGAAGGUGGUCGAGUUCGACCAGCCCUUCCCACAGUCCGUUGCUUUCCUCGAUUUGAAGAGAGAGGAAUGUGCCAAAUUGUUUCCCGGGGGCCGGUUAUAUUCCCAGCCAUUCUAUCUCGCCGGCCAUGGCUUCUUCCUCGCGGUCCACUGUGACACAGGUCAUGAAAGCGCCAGCCACUGCUUUGGGCUUUUCUUGGGGAAUCAAGAGAAUGAGAAAGACCCCAAAAGCUUUACGGUGGAGUACAAAUUCGCUGUGAGGGCGAGACCGUCGGGAGAGUUUGUGAAUAAGUAUGGGGGUACAUACGCUUUUACUGGGGAGAAGGUGGUUGGGUGUGGGAACAUCUUCCCGUGGAGUUCGUUCAUCCAUAAAGAUAGCCCGUAUUUCAUUAAUGAUGUGUUGCAUUUGAGAGCUGAAUUAACUGCAAAGCAAUGUGUCAUGUAAGUGUGUACAUGUACAGUGGACACGAUUUUGAGCUCCAGUUGUGCUCUGGAUGUUGUUUUCUCCACUGGUUCAGUGGUCGGACGCGCGAGUGAAAAGUAUUGACGGAAGUAGAAAGCUCUAGGCAUCGUGAUACAGGUCUUUUUAUUUUAUUGGAAGAUUGUGGAGCUCGACAAGAGAACAAUGUUGAUGGUGGUAUGUGAUUAUUGUGGGACUUAAGAUGCACUUUUGACCUUCCAGCCUUUGAUGUGUUUUUCUUACUUCAGAUGCUGAUCUCGAAUAUCUUUAUUAA